CAUUCGGCUUCUAUUCAAAGAGGUUGUCAUUUUACAUGGUAGUUUUGUUUAAAUGCAGUCAUUUGUGAAAAUUUUCCUACAAGUUUUUGAUUGUAAUUUUAAUUUAUUCUAAAUAAAUUUAUCAUAAUCAUAGUCCAGAGGGAAAUUGAUAUUGGAAAAAUAGAAAAAUUACAGGGUCGUGCGACGGCUUUUGGCGCGGUAACUUUUCAUAUAUACACAUUUUACACAAAAAUCAAUUGUUUUGGACUAAAUUUAUUAUCAAAUUUUUAAAAAUAAUUAAAAACUGCUCAAUAAAAAUCAAUUUGAGUAAAUUUUUGAUGAAAUAAUCUUCCAUACAAAAGAAAAACAAAAUGGAGAAAAGAAUAGAGCUUGAAAAACGAGGACGCCCAGCCUCUCAGAUAACAGAUUUAAAUUUGGAUAAUUGCAGAAGCACAAAUAUUGUUGGGUUAACUGACGAAUUUGAAGCACUUGAAUCAUUAAGCUUAAUUAAUGUUGGUUUGACAACAUUGCGUGGCUUUCCAAAUUUACCAAACUUAAGAAAACUGGAACUUUCUGAUAACAGAAUAUCAAAUGGCUUGGAAAAUUUGGUCACAAGUCCAAAACUGACAUAUUUAAAUUUGUCAGGGAAUAAAAUUAAAGAUUUAGAAGCGCUAAAACCUUUAGAAAACUUCAAAAGCCUGAAGGUUUUGGAUUUGUUUAAUAACCCAGCCACGGCUAUUGAAAAUUACAGAGAAAAAACAUUUGCUAUGUUACGUUCUUUAAAAUAUUUGGAUGGUUUUGAUUUUAAUGAAAUUGAGGCUUCUUCUGAUGGUUAUGAUGAUUUUUCUGAUACAGAAGAAGAAGUUGAUACUGAUGAGGAAAGUGAUGAAGAAAUUGAUAAUGAUGAGGAAAGUCAUGAAGAAAGUGAUAAUGAUGACGUAUCAUUAGCUCAAGUAUAUAAUGAUAACUUAGAAGAUGAUAAUUCUGAUUGGAAAGUUGAAAGCGAAGAGAAUGAAGAAGAUUCAGACGAAGAUGAUUUAUCAGAUGAAAAUGGUCCUGGAGAUAAAUCAACUGAAGGUGAAAAGAACACGUCUGCAAAAGAAAAAAAGAAGUCUGCUGAAAAUAAUGAAAAAGAUGGUCCAUCAGAAGAGUCACGAGGCAAAAAAAGAAAGCAUGAUGAAUAAUUAAAAGUUAUAUAUAUAUAUAUUAAAAUUAAUGCAUUAUAUUACACAAAAAUGUAAAAAAAAAAUGAAAUCAGUUACACUAAAAUAUAUGCAGAAGAAAAAAUAUAAAAAUAACGUUCUAAUAUUUUAUAAAGAAAAACGAUUGGAAAGAAGAUGUAAAUGAGGAUUAAUAACGAAUCAUCAAAGAAAGUGUUAUAAUUAAUUUUUAAAGAGAAAAUAAAGUUAAGAGCCUUUUUUGAUAUUUGA